AAACCCGAGUAGAGCCGGCUUGAUAUCCACCCCUAGCCGCCACUUCCUCCCAAAGACUUUAUCAAACCAUCGUGCCAGUACUCUUGCACCCCAAUCAGGACAAGAAACCCCCGAUUAAUUUAGCCUAAUCGUACGCCCGACGACCAACUCCGGAAGGGAAUUUAAUCGGGCAAGAAGGCAGGCAGGCAGCAGAGGGAGGAGAGGCAACUCCCCGCGCCGUCACAGCUCUGCACCAACAACCUCGCGAGGAGCCAUCAUGAGGUGCCGGCUGUUCGUUUGCCUCGUUCUCCUCCUCGCGCUGGCGGGGCCGCGGGCGGCCGUGGCGCGGGAGUACGCGGCCAUCUUCAACUUCGGGGACUCCCUCGUGGACGCUGGCAACCUCGUCGUGGACGGCAUCCCGGACUACCUCGCCACGGCGCGCCUGCCGUACGGCAUGACCUACUUCGGGUACCCCACCGGGCGGUGCUCCGACGGCCGCCUCGUCGUCGACUUCAUCGCGCAGGAGCUGGGGCUGCCGCUGCUGCCGCCGUCCAAGGCGCGCAACGCGACGUUCCACCGCGGCGCCAACUUCGCCAUCACGGGCGCCACGUCGCUGGACACGCCCUUCUUCCAGGAGCGCGGGCUGGGGCAGACGGUCUGGAACUCGGGGUCCCUGCACACCCAGAUCAAGUGGUUCCAGGACAUGAAGCCCAAAAUCUGCAACUCCCCGCAAGAGUGCCGGGACCUUUUCCGGCGGUCGCUGUUCAUCGUGGGCGAGUUCGGCGGGAACGACUACAACUCGCCGCUGUUCGCGUUCCGCCCCCUGGAGGAGGCGCACGACUUCGUGCCGCACGUGGUUGACUCCCUCGGCAAGGGCAUCGAGAAGCUGAUCGCGGAGGGGGCCGUGGAGCUGGUGGUUCCCGGGGUGCUCCCCAUCGGGUGCUUCCCGGUGUACCUGUCCAUCUUCCGCAAGCAGCCGGAGAUGUACGGCGGGCGGAGCGGGUGCAUCAAGGACCUCAACACGCUGUCGUGGGUGCACAACGCGGCGCUGCAGCGCAAGAUCGUCCAGCUCCGGGCCAAGCACCCCGGCGUGCGCAUCAUGUACGCCGACUACUACACGCCCGCCAUCCAGUUCGUCCUCCACGCCGAGAAAUAUGGAUUCCUUCGGCAGACGCCGCGGGCGUGCUGCGGUGCGCCUGGGGUGGGCGAGUACAACUUCAACCUCACCUCCAAGUGCGGCGACCCCGGCGCGUACGCAUGCGACGACCCCUCCAACCACUGGAGCUGGGACGGCAUCCACCUCACCGAGGCGUCCUACGGCCACAUCGCCAAGGGCUGGCUCUACGGGCCCUUCGCCGACCCGCCAAUCCUCGAGAACAGCAACCACCGUUAAGAUCAUCCGGCCCAUGCCGGCCGGCCGGCCGGUACAGAUUGUUCGCAUACGAGGGGGCAGCUGCGUGUUGAUCAUUGUAGAGGGGAAUGGAAAGGAAACGACCCAAAAAGAACAAACAAGCAUGCACUGCUGUUCAGAUUAAUUGGUUUAGAUUGUGUUGUUCGAUGUAAUUGUAAUUUUGGGGGGAUACAUCUGCUUUGUUGUGUGAUUUGUUUGUUGAUAUUAGUAGCGUACAAUUGUUCUACUUCUCAUAGUAGUCAAGAAAAGCAGGAUAUUCGAGGGCGCCA